AGCACAGUCUGUUAUAAUUUACAACGGAAGUACUCGAACCUUUGGAGUACCUGUGUUGUAUCGUCGACUGGGGACUUUACAAUGACAUAUCGGCACUGUCAAACUGGAGGAAAUCAGCGAUUAUGACCAUGUAAUCACAUAUCAAUUCAGAUAGUGUUGAACAAUCGGAAGAAUCGUACACAACUGAAGAUAAUGUUAAGUAGACGGUUGACCCAUAUCUGUGGAAAUUAUGCAGACACCGCGAUGAAACCGGACAUAUCAGUUUACGAUUGGUGUCACUGACAAUCCCAAGAUUUCACACAAAAUGUGUACCAAUGAUUACCCUGGAUUAAUAUUGGAUAUAUUUCCGUGCACUUUUGGUCUUUAUUUUCAAAUUUCUUUGUGAAUUUUGUCAGCGUUGCUGGCUGGAUUAUUUGAUGAAUCGGUAUUUGGAAGUUUGACAGGUAUGUGAACGAUGGUGAGUGAUCCCGGCUUGCCGUGUCACGUUGACACCUGAUCUGUUUUAGGGGUCCUGAACAGCCCCCAUUAGGAUAUGGGAGGCUCGGUCUCUGUUCAGCUUGUUAUGCUGGGACUGGACCUUUCAGGCAAAACUACAUUAUUAUACAGACUUAAAUUUGAGCAAUACAUGAAUGUCAAUUCCACCAUUGGAUUCAACUGUGAAAAAAUCAAAGGAAAAACGGGGAAGACAAGAGGAAUAAACUUCACCAUUUGGGAUGUUGGAGGUCAAGAUAGGACCCGUCCACUGUGGAGAUCCUACAUGCGGUCAUCCGAGGGCAUCAUAUUUGUUGUGGACAGUGUGGACAAAGAACGCCUUGAAGAAGCGAAGUUGGAGUUAAUUAAACUAUUGAAAAGUUCAGAAAAUCCAGGUUUACCUGUGUUAGUUGUAGCCAAUAAACAGGACAUGCCAGGGUCAUUGGACUUAGCAGAGGUGGAAAAACACCUUGGUCUACAUGAACUGCCCCAGAGUCAGCUAUGGGCCUCCCAUCCAGCAUGUGCAAUCACAGGAGAAGGACUUGAUGAAUGUAUGGACUCCAUGUAUGAGCUUAUAGAAAAAAGGAAAAAGACAAAAAAGAAAAAAUAAGUUAAUUUUAUUUUAAUGCAUAUUUUUAAAUUAUAUAUAUACACAUUGACAAUAUUGAGAUUGCCAGUAUGUGCUAAUUUCUGCUCCCAGUGAUUCAAUACAUCGUAAAUAUUUUUAAAAUGUUUAACUUUGGACUAUGUAGUUGAAUUACACUCACUAGGCCUACAGUCAGACAUUUUUAUACUAACAACAUAUCAUAUAUGUGCAUCAUAUAACUAAUAAUUGGCAUGCUGAAUUUUCAGACAGUUUUAAAAUUAAAGUCCCAACAUUUUAUUUUUACUUAUUAUAUUUAAUAAAUUAACUACAUUGAAGUUAAUUAUACACAUUUUUGUGACAUGUUUGUGGGCUUUGGUCUUUUGUGGUAUUGUUAUUCAUCAAAAGAAAAGGAAAUAUUUGAUAUGUACUUCCAUAUAUCUAUUUAAAAAACAGUCUUUGCAAGUUUUUGUAUCCAGUGUUUUGAAGAAGAAUAACUCAAUAAUUUUUUAACAGCAGGGAUUAUUUUGGGUUACCAAAUGGAUGGGUCAUUAUCUGUAAUAUAAUUUAUUGGCCAUUUACAGAAAUAUAAAGGAUUUUUCUUAAUCAUGUGGAUCAUUCAGGAAAAAUUUUGGGCCAAGGGACCUCCUCCAAAAUGAUCCCUGAUCAUGAACAAAUAUUUCUGACAAUAAAAAAGAUGCAUCUAGUUUUACAUUUAUGAAUCUUGUUCUUAGAUUGAACCAGAAAGAGCAAAUUUUAGUCAAAAAAAAAUUAUAGCAAAAGAAAAGAAGGUCUCUAUAAGAAUGACAAAGUUUUACGACUUGAAAGUGAUAUAGAUCUCAAUAUUAAACAUACAUAUAUAACCCAUAAAGUAGAAUGUGUAACUAUUAGCUAGACAGGAUGUGAAAUUCUUUUUAGUCAAAUGCAUAUUGAAAUGGUAAAAAUAAUGAAAAGGGGUUACUUUUACACAGAAGCAAAUGGGUAAAUGAUGUAUCACGAAAGACCUCUGGCUAUCAACCAGAUUUUUUGUUAUUGCUGGAAUAAUAUGAAUGUGCAGAAAAUGAUGUCUUUAUUUUCACAAAAUCUAUACAUUUUACUAGAUAAUUGCUAUAACACUGUACAUGUUACAAAACGGCAUGUAGGAAAUGGUCAAUACUUUUGACUGUUGUAUGAUGGACUUAGGCAAGUCUAUCUUUGUGACAAAGAGUGGUCUGUGCUUCUGAAUCUGUUAUGCUCCAGCUGUUGUACUAGAUAACAUACCAGAGGCUUCAGUUAGUGCUGUGUUGAGUGGAAAGGGGAAAUAGACAUUUCAGGAAAACAUCACUUCAAAAACAAGUAUGUCCAUUGUUAGCUACCAAUGUUGGAUUGCACUACACUUUAUUUUAAUAUCACAUUGAAGUGCAAUCAACUGCGGGUAUCCCACAAUGAAAUAUGUCCUGCUAAUUGUUAUUAUAAAUGCUGUCUAAUAAUUGUUCAAAAUUAAUUCGGGUUGUUGAAUUUUUUCUGAUCUUGAUAAAUAUUUAUUAAAAAAAAUUUGUUUGCAAACAAAUUUUUUUCAUACCCCGAUGAAACUAAAAAAAAUUGACAUCAAUGCUUAAUUAAAAAUACUCUUGAUUCAUUCAUAUGAUUGACAUAUAAUUACAAAAUGUAAAUUUCAGUUUUUUCUGAAAUUAAAUUGUUUGUAUGAAAUCAAAUUAAUUAAUUAAAAACUUUAGAAAUUUCCAAAGGGACCUUGUAGAAAUUUCCAAAGGGACCUUGCAAUUGCACAUAUUUCUAACCCAGGGUCAUGCAAUCAAAUUGAACCAAUGCUUACAUAUAUGAGCUAACAAACUGCUGAAGACCAACAAGCUCACAGAAGAAAAGGUCAACAUAUUCCAACAGCGAAUGUACAUUGUUUUAAAGCAAAUUAUUGAUAAUUUCUUCAUAUUAUUAGGAAACAGUAAAUUAAUUAAAAAUCAUGAUGUUACCAAAACUUCAUAAUGUCAUGUGAAAAGGACGCCACAUUUAGGGUACCAUAGGGGCUGAAUAUUGUUGUCUUUACCCUGACUAGUCAUAACUGGUGAAAUUGGUCAGAGACAACAGUUUUCCACCUACUUUACUUAUGAAGCUGGCUGAUGUUGAGUACACUUCACUACAUUGUAUUACUGUAUAGAUAUAAAUAUCUAGACAGUGGGUGAGAUAAUUGUGCCAAGUCCCUUUGUGUAUAUAUAUCUACAAUAGAAAGGAUUUUUGGAAAAUUGACAUUUAACUUUUGUGGUUCCCACAAAACUCAUUCCAAUUUUGAGAACAUGUUUUUACCCCUUAAUUAUAAAACGAUGUUAAGGGCUCAUCUAUUCAUAUAUUGAAGUAAAUCAUUUAUGGAAUAUCAAAAAAUACUUCAACAACUAACAUCAAACUGGUGUAUUCCAUUAAAAGCUGCUAUAGUUAUUGCAUGUUUUACAGUUUUAGAUUUUACUUCUAUAACUAUAAAAAAUAUGAUUUUGAGUGAAAUAAUUUUAAUAGAUAUAUAUGCUUUUUGUUUUCAUUGAAUGAUGUUUUAACAGACUGCUUGUGAUUUUGAUCUUAUGUAUUAAUAUAUAAUACUAAAUAUUGACUCCUGAUGACAUUGUCUUGAUUAAAAAACUCCUUUGUAUACACACUAUACACAAGAACAUGCAUGUCCAAUUAAUGCUGUCCACAGUGAACUUGGGUAUCAGGAAGGUUAUUUUUGCUGUUGUCCAAGACAAAGUUUUCAUAUACAGAUGUUGGAUACAAAGAAUUAAUUCAUGACACAAUUUAACAAUUGAUUUAUAGAAUUUAAACUUUAUAAUGCUCAUCAUUGCUGACACUGUGUGGAGUAAGAAUUGGAGAGAGUGUGCUGGUGAAAGUUUAUAUGUCAGAUCUUUUUGCAUUGUAAGGUUUAAAGUUAAGAUAUUGUACAAUAUUUGUCUUCCGAUAAGGAAUUCCUCCAGGUUUAAUACUGAUAAAACAAAGAUCUGCAAUACCUCAUGUAAAAAGAUCUUGUUGUCAUGGAUGAAAAUGUUAAUUGUGAUUAAUGCUUGGCUGCAUAUAUACUCAACCUCUUGUAGUUGUAGUGAUUGUUUCACUAGCAAAUACAGAUUCUUAAUUAUGUGCACCUUAAAAAUCUAAGGGUUUCACUCUGAUAUAUACCUUCUCUCUCUCCAUGCACGGAAUACCAAAUAUAUAUUUUGUGGUAAUUAUAUAAUUGGAGUCGACUGCCUUUUUUUAUACAGGAGGGGCUACAACUGUAGGUAAUGGCUGCAGUUCAAUUAUCUUUAUCUUGUAUCAUAAAGACAAUUACAUAUAAAACUUUGUAACAAUAAACUCCUAAUCACGAGGAGACAAACAAGAAGAGACAAACACGAGCAUACUGUAGCCUCUGAAACACGUACACACCACAUGUAUCUCCUACACAGGACAUUAGCUGUUAAACCAAACAAAACCUGCAGGGAUGCUAGAGCUGUCAAUUUUAUCACUACUAGUGCAAAGGAUUAAGAUGAAGAUUUAUCAGAAUGAAACCCCUGGAUUUGGAAGAUGUACAAAUGUGUAGCUAACCUCAUUCAAAUGUAUUGUUAUUAUUUAAUCAUGUUAUACUAUUAAAGUAAAACAGUAUAAUCUAC